AUGCCAGAUUUUGUCCAUUUCAGAGCUACAGAGAGCAAAGAAAUGGAGAUCUCAAACGUCCCAUUUCAGUACUCAGUAUUAGGAUUCAUCUUACAAAAUUUGAAGGAGUCAGUUCAAUGCAACACUGAAUUAAUUGGUGGAGUUUCAAAAAGCGUGAAGCGACUCUGCGGUGAUCUUGAUACAUUGAGAGCAUUUAUCAAGGAGUACUAUGAGAGGCGGAGCAACAGCCAAAUCUUGGAGAAGUUGGCGAACGAGAUAAGAAACGUGGUUUAUCAAGCCGAGGAUGCUAUUGAAACUUAUAUUAUUGAGGAUGUUUGUAGAAAGUUGAAGGAGAUUUAUCACAUCAAGACGCCAUUGGUUCCUGAUGCCAUGCAAGUUGGUCAGAGUUCCAAAAGGAUUCCAAAGAAGGAAGAGGCUGUCACUGAAGAGGAAGAUAAUGUGGUUGGCCUAGACGAUGAAGCCAAAAAUGUAAUUGAACUUCUUACCGAAGGAUCACAGGAACUAGAGGUUAUCUCAGUCAUUGGCAUGCAUGGUUUAGGAAAGACCACACUAGCUAAAAAGGUUUUAAAUGACCCAACGAUUGAAUUCAAGUUCUAUUGUCGUGCAUUUGUGGAAGUCUUCCAAGAAUUCGAGAGAAGGGAAGUGUUCCUCCAUAUUUUAGGUGCUUUUACCAAGAUCACAGAAGAAAUUAAGGACUUGUCAGAUGACAAAUUAGUUAAAGAACUUCACCGGCAGUUAAAGACAAGGAAGUAUUUGAUUGUCUUAGAUGAUGUCUGGACUCCAGAAGCAUGGGAUCAAUUAAAACUUGCCUUUCCCAACAAUGACAAGCAAAGCAGAAUAUUAAUUACUAGUCACAAUGAACCUGUGGCCUUUCAUGCUAAUCCAAGUUGUGAUCCUCAUUACUUGCGCUGUUUGGAUUUAGAAGACAGUAGAGAGUUGCUAAGAAAGAAAGUUUUUGGAAAGAGUGACUGCCCAGGAGAGUUGGAGAAGCUUGAACUAAGUAUCCUGCUGAAAUGCGAUGGAUUGCCUCUAGCAAUAGUGAUAGUUGCAGGUGUUCUCUUGAAUUAUAGAGACAGAACUGAUUGGUGGAAAAAAGUUACUGAAGAUUUAGAUCAUUUUGUUGCUAAACAUCCAGAACAAAGCCACGGAGUAAUAAGAUUAAGUUACGAACACUUACCUCAUCACCUGAAGCCAUGUUUCCUCUAUCUUGGGGUCUUCCGUGAAGACAUUGACAUCCCAGUUUGGAAGCUGUUGCAAUUGUGGAUUGCAGAAGGAUUCGUACAGAAAGAUCAUGAUAUAAGCUUGGAAGAAAAAGCAGAGGCUUACUUAGACGACCUGGUGAGCAGGAAUUUGGUAAUGGUGGGUCAGAGGGGAUCCAGUGGUCGAAUCAAAACAUGUCGUAUACAUGACAGUUUGCGGGACUUCUGCAGAAGGGAGGCGAUGAAAGAAAAUCUGUUUCAGGAAAUUGAAAGGUAUGAUCAAUCUACCUUUUCAACAGAACACACUUCCUUGGAUAAUGCCUGCCGCCUUUGCAUGAAUGUCCAUCUUUGGGAUGGUAUUGAAAACCUAUCUGGUAUACAUGUUCGCUCUUUUUUGAGUUUUGCCAAGAAAGAGACUAAGCUACUUCCAGAACAUAUCUCGUGCAUCCCUAGAGCCUUCAAAUUACUCAGAGUGUUAGAUGUUAGACCAAUCAUAUUUACUCGUUUUCCUGGUGAGCUAGUCUACUUGGUUCUCUUGAGAUAUAUUGCUCUCUCUUCUAGAUGCAAGAUCCUUCCAGAGAAAAUGUCUAACCUACAAAUCUUGCGAACUGUUAUAUUUGAAACAUCAUGGCCUACCCUUGAGAUCAAGGCAGACAUAUGGAAGAUGCCACAACUAAGGCAUCUAAUCACCAACACUUCUGCAUGUUUACCUUUGCCACUUGCAAAAAUCCACAAGGGUGAACCCUCCAUAAGUGCAAAUCUACAAACCCUUUCAUGA